UGGAAGCUAAGAACGUUGCUGCUGCUUGCACUGACGCUUUGCGUUUGGAGCGCUGCAGUGCCGGCGCAGCUGGCUGAACAGCAGGAUGAGAUGGACUAUAUGCAUCCGGAGCUGAAGCGUGCGCAGCGUAGCUUCAGGAGCAAUAUGGCGGAGCAGCGCAAUGAGUAUUGGCUGCAGGCAAGUCGGCAGCAUAUUUUGCAGAAGCUGCAGCAAGUGCGCAAUACCAAUCGCGCCAAGAAUAUAAUACUCUUCUUGGGUGACGGCAUGGGCUUGGCUACGCUGGCAGCGGCGCGCAGUUACAUGGGCGGCGAGGAGCUGCAGCUGUCGUUCGAGCAGUUUCCCCAUACGGGUUUGUCUAAGACCUACUGCGUGGAUAAAAUGGUGCCAGACUCUGCCUCCACCUCCACUUCAUAUUUGUGCGGCGUUAAGGCCAACUAUGGCACCAUUGGCGUCAAUGCGCAUAUACAACGCGGCGACUGCGUGGCCAUGGCCAAUGCCAGCAAUCAUGUUUACUCUGUGGGCAAAUGGGCGCUGGAUGCAGGCAAGGCAGCGGGCUUGGUCACCACCACGCGUGUAACACAUGCUUCACCUUCUGGCGUUUAUGCGCAUACAGCAGAUCGCGAGUGGGAGAACGACGCCAGACUUAAUGAAGCUUGCGGCGCUGCAGCGCAGCCGCUGAACGACAUUGCCUUGCAGUUGAUACAUGGCGAGGUAGGCAGUCGCUUGAAGGUGAUGCUAGGCGGUGGCAAACGCAACUUUUUUGAUCCGGAGCACGACUCCAAGGGACAACGCACAGAUGGACGCGAUUUGCCUGCAGAGUUUGAGCAACUGGCUGCAGGCAAUGUUUAUGUAAAGAAUCGCAAUCAGCUGCAGAGCAUCAAAGCUAACGAGACGAAUCGCUUGCUGGGCUUGUUCAGCAAGAGUCAUAUGCACUAUCAUCUGGAGCAGCUGGCGGAUGAGAAGAACACUGAGCCCACGUUAGCGGAGAUGACGCAGAAGGCGCUGGAGCUGCUGCAGAGCGAGCAGCAGGGCUACUUUCUGUUUGUUGAAGGCGGCAAGAUUGAUAUUUCACAUCACGAUACAAUGGCGCGCAUAGCGCUGGAUGAAACUGUGGAGCUGUCCAAGGCAGUGGCGCUGGCACGUCAGCUAACCAGCGAGCAGGAUACGCUGAUUGUUGUGACCUCAGAUCACUCGCAUACCUUCAGUCUGGGCGGCUAUCAAGCGCGUGGCAGCGACGUCUUCAGUCCAGCCAAGAGCAAUGCCAGCGAUGGCAAAUCCUACUUGCCCAUCAGCUAUGCCAAUGGCAAAAGCUUUGAGGAAUACUACAAUAUGACGCUGCAUGAGCGUGUGGAGCCUAAAGAGUUCCCUGGCGCCGGCGAUGCUUAUCAAGUGUUUCCAGCCACAGCGCCGCUGGAGUCCGAAACGCAUGGCGGCGAGGAUGUCGCUGUCUUUGCUUCCGGUCCCUGGGCUCAUCUCUUCUCAGGCGUCUAUGAGCAGAAUGCCAUUCCUCAUAUGAUGGCAUUCGCCGCUUGCGUGGGUGCUGGCCAAACAGCUUGUGAUCAGUCUGCAUCUAAUGACGCAUUCGCUUGAUUAACUUAUCAUGUGGUCAAUACUCAAGAAGCUACAGCUACUGGACUUUCAUAAGAUCAUAAUUUGACAGCUUGUACUUUUUUAAUGGAAAGUACAG